AUGGCCAAGCUUUGCAAGAGCAUUGCCCCGGGCCGAUUGCGACCAGCCGAAAUCCCGGCUUUGAAAGUGGACCCGGGAAAGGUCACCGACAUCUUCUUCGACUUCGAUGGCACUUUAACUGCUUCAAACAAAGAGGGGGUUUCUGGAUAUGUUCUGCCCUUGCUGGAAAGAUGUGCGGGGCUUCGCAUUUCCGAUUGUAUUGAGGGCCCUAGCCGUGGCCGCGACAUACUAACCUGGAAGGAGUUGGACCUUCGCAUGGCGGCUGCCGUGCCAGAAGCAAUUUUAGGCGAGACAUCAGUGCUUGGCAGCCUAGCAGUGCGUCAGCACCUCGCAAGCUCCUUAAAGCUGCUGGUGGCUUCCGGAAUCCGACUGCACCUGCUGACCAUGGGCACACCGCAGACGUCGAAGGCACUGCUUGGGGCAGCGGGUUACGACCUGAACCUCUUCUGCAGCUUUUUGGGCCCCUUUGACAUGGCGAAGAACCAAUCGCUUCGAAACCUCUUUGAUAAUGGCGACACGGACGGGCAGGAAGCGGCUGAAAGCUUCCAGUUCGACGUCCAGGAAGAUAUCGACGCUCUGCAUCACCUACAACGGACAGGAGAU